AUGAUAGAAAAAGCAAUAUUUAACAAUUUAGAAGAUUUUAUAGGAUCUUCUUUAUGUUCUCACUAAAAUCUAGUAUUAGAUGUAGUGAAAAAUUAUAGAUAUAGAAGAAUAAGUGAUGAAGAUUAUUUUAAGAAUUUAAUCAAUGCUUUAUAAAAAUGCACUAAUCUUACUGCUUUAGAUCUUAAUGUAGCCUAAAAUGAAAUUGGCUAUGAAAGUGCAUCUAUACUAGGUUUUUCUUUAUCAAAUUGUACUAAAAUCUCAAAUUUGGUCAUUAAAAUUAACUCUAACUAUAUUAGUGAUGAAGGAGUAUAUGGUCUAUGUGUUGGUUUAGUAAAUUACUCAAACCUUUCUACACUUGAAAUGAACUUGGAAAAAAAUUCAAUAGGAGAUUACGGUUUUUCAAAUUUCUGCUCAAUUUUAGAAAAUUGCUGUAAUAUAUAAUCUCUGAAUCUUAAUCUUGGGUUUAAUAGAAUCAGAGAUAAACUAGGAUCUAGCUUAGAAGCUGCUUUCAGAAAUAUGACAAAAUUAUAAUCCUUAGAUCUUAACUUAAACGGAAACUAUUUUGAAAAGAUAGGAUCAGAAAUGGGUGCUAUAUUAUCUAACUGUGUUAAUCUUCUUAAUUUAAAUCUCGACUUUUAGUCUCAUAACCUUAGUGUAGAAGGCUCAGAAAAAUUUUAUAUAGAACUAGCAAAAUGUACAAAUAUCUCUUCUUUAAAAUUUAGGUUAGAAUCAAAUAAAAUAGGAACUUCGGGUGCUUCUAUGCUGGCAUUUGCUUUUCAGAAAUAGACUAACCUUUAGAGUUUAACAUUAAUUUUAGAAAAUAAUAAAAUUGGAGAUGAAAGUGCAUCUGCCUUAAUUUUUGCUUUAACAAAUGUUUUUAAUCUCAAUAACCUGAAAGAAUUGUAUCUUAAUAUGAGCUAUAAUUAAAUAGAUUAAAAAGGUGCUUCUGCUUUAGGGCUUCUUUUUUCAUAGUGCAUAAAUAUUUAAAAUCCCUAAAUUUAAUUAAAUUCUAAUUAUAUAAGUGAUGAGGGUAUACUAGAUUUAAGCACAGGUUUAAAGAAUUGCACUAAAAUUUAAUCUUUGAUUUUAGGACUUGAUUCAAAUAGGAUUGGUAGUUAUGGAGCUAUUCUUUUAGAUUCUGCUAUAGGAAACUUUAUAGAACUUUAAAAUUUAGAUUUUGGCUUAAGUUUUAAUUAGAUCGGUAAGGAACCAUUAAAUGGAUUUGGUUCUGGUUUAGGAAGGUGUAAAUAUUUAUCUGAUUGCAAUCUUUACCUUAGUAACAAUAUCAUUAGCGAAAGUGAAAGUGCGAUUGAAGUUAUGGCCUGUAUUUUAGCAAAUUGCUCUAAUUUACCAAAUUUACCAAAUUUAACUCUAGAACUGGAUUGCAAUAAUAUAGAUUAAGAUAAUGAAUAAACUGGGGAUACUCUGUCUAAAUUAACAGAUUUCUAGAAUCUAUCUACUUCUGAGAUCUUCCUUGAUCUUAGUAAUAAUAAGAUUGGUUAUAUGUUUGCUGAAGCUUUAGGUUCGAUUUUAGCGAAAUGUGUCAACUUGUUAACUUUGAAUAUCUGCCUAGAUUAUAAUUAGCUUCAUGAAUUGGGUGCUUCGCGCUUAGGCUAUUCUUUGGCAUAAUGUACUAAUCUUUUAGAUCUGAAUUUAUCAUUAUACGAGAAUAGAAUUUAAGAUUAAGGUGCAUAAGGAUUAGCUUUCGGUAUAUCAUAGUGUCCUAAACUCAAAUUAUUGUCUCUGAAACUUUCGAAAAACAAAAUCAAAACGAAUGGUGUUUUAUAAUUAGGCAGAGGUUUAUCAAAAUGCUAACAUCUUUAAUAUGUUUACCUCAAACUUACGUAAAAUAAAAUUGGUGACAAUGCAAAAGAAAUUUUGAGUGAAAAACUAAUUAAAUCAAAGAGGAUGGUUCAUUUUGAUUUCUGGUUGUGGGAAUGA